AUGUACUUCUUGACGCUGUCCGGCCGGACCGCGUUCUCGUUCGCCAUCCGUUUGGUGUACGCGAUCGCUUUGUACGCGUACCGGGCCAACACGCCCGACAAACAUAUCGAGGCGACGAUCGCCGCCAAAAUCACGUGCGUCCACGUUAUCGGAAACAUCGUUUAUCGCGCUCGUGUAACG